AUGGAAGAUUUAAAAAAAACAAAUUUAAGGGCCUCGAAAAUUUUUCGGGAAAAAUACAUUUUCGCAGCAGAUCCAAAUGUUGUCGUUGUUGUGAUUGUUGCGGUUGUACCCGUAGUAUGUAAUUUAGGGUGUGCCCCUUUACACGUAACCCGGUGUUUAAGAUGGACACAAGAAAUUCAUUGCGGGUGA